UAGGAAUCUGUUACUGUUAGCGUCUUGUGUUUGUGUUCGUUCUUCCCUAUUAUUCAGCAUCUACCACCUUCCACAUAGCACAAACUAGCUUCUCCAUAACGCACAAAAAACCUUCGUUGAACGAGAUUUUGGUGAUGGCAACAGUGGAAGCAACCAAUGAAGCCAUGGCAACGGUAGCUGAUAAGGCACCAAUAACUGCUGAGAGAAAGGUUCCUUUGCACUUGGACACCAAGAUCCCCAAACCCUAUUUGCCUCGAGCUUUGAGUGCCCCUGAUACAGAGAAUGUCAAUGGCACUUGGGGUCACAAACACAAUAACAUGUCCGUGCUUCAGCAGCAUGUUUCCUUCUUUGACAUUGACAAUGAUGGUAUCGUGUACCCGUGGGAGACAUAUAAAGGAUUCCAAGCUCUUGGUUUCAACAUGAUUCUUUCCUUCAUAUUCUCGAUCUUCAUUAAUGCAGCUCUGAGUUAUCCUACUCUUCCUACAUGGCUACCUUCACCUUUCUUGCCAAUUUACAUACAAAACAUACACAAGGCAAAGCAUGGGAGUGACAGUGGUACCUAUGACACAGAGGGAAGGUUCAUCCCAGCAAAUUUGGAAAUCAUGUUCAGUAAGUACGCUCGUGAGGUUCCUGAUAAAUUGUCAUUAAGGGAGCUUUGGCACAUGACUCAAGGAAACAGUGUUACAUAUGACUUCUUUGGAUGGAUUGCUAGUAAAUUUGAGUGGGGAGUUCUGUAUGUUCUAGCAAGAGAUGAAGAAGGUUAUCUGUCAAAAGAAGCUGUGAGGCGUUGCUUUGAUGGAAGCUUAUUUGAGUAUUGUGCUAAAGUACGCAAGGGCACUACUGGAAAGAUGGCUUGAGAGCUUUAGUUAAUUCCCUAUCAAUAUUCAGUGUUUCGAUAAGAAUUUUUAUUACUGUUUCUAGUUAAGUGCUUUACUAAACUUUAGUUCACCUAAAUGAUUGUGCUUCCAUUGCUUGAGCAGUUGAAAGAGCAAAUAAAAUUAGCAAAUUACAUUCC